GAGAAUUUCAUUCUUCAUCUAAACAAAUAUGGCGGCGUACAGAAGGAAAUUGUUCGCUGCUGGACUGAGCUGUGCAGCUUCCUUGAUCAACAGAAGCUCCUGUCAGAGCGGCCGCAGACUGGCUGUGUUGCCCACACUUCUCAAAAAAAACUGGAUGACCUUGAGUGUCACAGGUGCUCUGUGUGCUGUUCCAUUCUUCCAGAAGCCAGAAAAUCUGUCCCAUGAAGAGCUGGUACGGAGAGCAUCGUCUCUGGUCACUGACAGUGCUAAUACUUACCUCUCACAAACUACUUUAGCGCUUCUCGAUUCCCUCACAAGUUAUGUUAAGGCUGUAAACCAUCUUGUGAAUUUACAUAAGCGCUACGUGGCUUCUGUCAGCAAACUCUCUCCGACGGAGGAGAAUGCAUUUUGGCAGGUCAUUCUUAGGCAGCGUAAGGAGGUAAUUGACAGGAGAAAGGAUUGCAAACGAUUUGAAUCCUGCUGGAUGAUGGCACUCAAACUCUCAGAGAUGGCAGGAGAGGCAGCUUUCAAUGCAGGGGCUGACCAGGCUACUGUGACAGCACAGAACAGUCGACAGCUGGCACAGUCCCAGGUGGAACAAGUUCGACAGCUGAUCCCGGAAACUGAAAGACAACUCAAAGACUCUAAAGCUGAGCACAGCGUGAGGCUUCAAAAUGCUCUCAGCACUGCAAUGGAGGAUGAAGACAUCCCAGAUGCAUAUCUACGAGAGGACUAGUCACAUCAAGACCUUAGGACACAGCCUUAAAGUAUCUUAAGCACUCUGAUACAACGAGCUGUACAACUACUGAAGCACAGAAUUCUAUUUCUGUUUGAUUAUUAGGACAAAUGCUGUGAAAUGAAAGAGAAUCUGAGGUGCAGCCAGGAGAAUUUAUAUAAAUUAAGUAUUGUAUACAAAACUAUGAGGGUAGGAAAAGGGACUUAAUAGAUAAAUGCUUUCUAGAUCAGGGGCUUCACAUUUGUUUCUAUUUUUAAAUGCAAUCAAUAUUUAAUGAAAUGGAUUUACCUUUAAACCAGUUUUGGAUUUAAAAACAGCUGUUUACUGUAUUGACAAUAUGUGGGAGUUAUAAUUACAGACAGAUGCUACCUGUGUGAUUUCUUAUUCAUUUUUAAAAUAAACAAUGGGAAGUAUUUGUUUUGAAUCAAAUCUCUGUUUUGUGAUUUGUCUAUAGGCUAUUCUGUGGUCAUUUAUGAAACUAGCUAAAAAUUAAUUAUCUUUUUUUUUCAAACAAUUUCCUCUUUUUCAUUUUCAGCCUCUCUUCUUCUCAGUCAUCAAUCAGUAUUUUGCACUCUAAUACUUUUUUAAAACAAUAUUAAAAUGUGAUUUGUGAAAUCUCUCUUCUAGACUUUGUGAUAUCAAUAAAAUAUAUUCACUUCUC